UGCUGGGAAGCUUCCUUGUGCCGUGCAAUUGAACAGCAGCAAAAAGAGACCCGAAACUGCCGGGAUAGGGAAUGCGGAUUGCAGCGGGGAAAGCCUCUCCUCGCCGCUAGCUGUGCGCAAAUGCGCCGCGCCUGUGAGCUGCAGACCGCGGCCGGGGCGAAGCGAGCCAGCGCGGUGCUGCUGUGCUGAGCUGCCUGCAGGACUGGGGGUGCAUUUCUGCCUCGGCUUUCGCUGCUGCUGUUUUAUUUGGGCAGAUGGUCUCCGGUGAGGAUGGUGCCCUUUAGGAAAAGGAAAUCCUCUGCUCCAGAACGGUCACAGACCCAGCCCAAAAUCAGCAGGAAAGAGGACUGUUCACAGCCCCCAGCGUCCCUCGGUGCCCCAGUCAGCCCACAGCCCCCAGUUUCCCUCGGUGCACAGGACUCCAAACUGCAGCACCCGCCUGCACCCCCACCCCGCCCCACCGAGAAGAUCUCCACGGCGACUGCAGAACCCUGUGCUGAGGGGACAAAGGGGCGGGGCCAGGGGAACACCCCAGAAACGUCGCCACAGAAGCUGCCCCCCAGGGUCAAAGAUCAAAGCCAGACUCCCACUAAGGAAUCAGAGCUGGCAGGUUCGUCAUGUCUCGGGGACCCCUGUGCAGUGUCAGAGGAGUACCCCCUAGAGGCGAAAGGGGAGGAGGACGGGGAGUUCGGUCUGGUCAUCACUCUGGACGGGGAGGAGAGCGGAGAGGGGGAUGGCAGGAGGAGGAAGCGGAAGGGGAUGAAGAGGAAGAGGGGGGACGGAACGGCGCCGGCAGCCCCCCCAGACUGUGAAAUCGAGGUCGGGGGGCAGCUGGACAGAGACCUGGAGUCACAGGCCAAGCAGCACAACCUGACCACGAUCAACGUGAGGAACAUCAUUCACGAGGUGAUCACGAACGAGCAUGUAGUGGCGAUGAUGAAGGCGGCGAUCAGCGACACGGAGGACAUGCCCAUGUUUGAACCAAAGAUGACCCGGUCCAAACUAAAGGAGGUGGUGGAGAAGGGAGUGGUGAUCCCUACAUGGAAUAUUUCUCCAAUCAAGAAAUCCAGUGAAGUAAAGCCGCCCCAGUUUGUGGACAUCCCUCUGGAGGACGAAGACUCCUCUGAUGAAGAGUACUGUCCAGACGAGGAAGAGGAGGACGAGACCGCCGAGGAGACGUUCCUGGAGAGUGAUGUUGAGAGCACAGCCUCCUCUCCCAGGGGGGGGCGCAGACCCCGCACCCCCUUUGAGUCGGGGGACGAGGAGUGCAGCUACAGCCCCACCCAGCAGGGCGAGUGUCCCGUGGCCCCUCAGCAGAGGCACCUGAGUGUGGAAGUGGUCCCCAUGGGGCCCCCGCCCCCUCCCAAACCAGCCAAGACCCAGCCAGGCUCCCCGAAGCCAGCCCGGAAGACCCAGGACUGCAGCUUCAUGGAGAAGCUCCACGCUGUGGAGGAGGAGCUGGCCUUGAGCCCGGUGUGCAUGGACCCCCUUCAGGCGAUGGUCGACAGUCUGAUCGCGUUUCGAACCCGCUCCAAGCGUCCCCUGAAGGACAUACCCCUGGGGCAGCUGGAGGCGGAGCUACAGGCCCCCGACAUCACGCCUGACAUGUACGAGACGGGGACCAAUGAGGAUCGAGAGUGGCAGGGCUGGCUGCGCGGGCUGAUGACAUCGGAGGUGGAGAAUGAAGAGGAAGCUGAUGACGAUGAUGACCCUGAAUACAACUUCCUGGAAGACAUGGACGAGCCAGACCAAGAGGACUUCCGUAACGACCGGGCUGUACGCAUAACCAAAAAGGAAGUCAAUGAGUUGAUGGAGGAGCUGUUUGAAACGUUCCAGGAGGAGUUGGGGGUCCCAGAGCCGGAUGAUGAGGCGCCCGAGGAAGACGAGGAGAAGGAGGAGCCCCCCCAAGGGACCCCGAAAUUCAACGUCCCGCAGGCCAUCAAGUUUGAGGAGCCCCUGGCCAUCAUGCUGAGUGAGCGCCGUCGCACUGUAAGGGAGCAGUUGGAGGCGCUGCGGCAGCGCAGAGCCAUGGCGGGGGUGCGAGUGGAGGCUGUGUCUCCCCCCCGGCCCCCCCCUCCACCCCCGCCUCCUCUUCCCCGCCCUCCCCCCCAGCUCCUCUUCCCCGCCCUCACACACCCCAGCCCCUCUAUGCAACAGCAUGUCCAGUUGCUGACCCAGUGCCACAUGCUGACCAGUGUGGUUCCAGGACUGGAGAGCGAAGCCACCACCACACGCCUCUUCUUGAGCGAGCUGCUCACCUUUGCAGACCGCGCAGAGAUGGCUUGCUGUAUCCUGAGCCCCGGGUUCACCAGCGCAUUCAGAGCGUGCAACCUGCAGGGGGCGCUGUGCCUGCUGGACGAGUUCGACCGCUCCGUCAAACCAGAGCUGCCCCCCCCCGGGGGCUCCCCACACAAGACCGUCAAACCCACCGGGACGGACCCCCCCAAGCUGCCCUGCAAGGUGGCCUGGAUGCUGGCGACCCGGAAGGAGUUCCUGUACCCCGAGCUCCUGCCCGUCUGCUCCCUGGACCCCCAGUUGAAGAGCCGCAAGCAGAAGACCCUCUACACUAAGGGAGAGGACAGUUUGCUGGUCCUCGGGCUGAAGCACUUUGCCGAGACUGAGUAUCCACGGCAGUUCAUCAGUAAAUACCUGCUCCCGGGAAAGACUCCGGAGCAGAUCCAAAUCCGGCUGCGGAAACUCUGCUUGUCCCGCGCGCCCAGCAACGACGUCAAGUAUUACAGGAUGCACAACGAGGUUCCUGCGAUGCCUCGUGCCUGCCUCUGCGUCCCCCCGACCCAAUCGAGACCCCCAGUGGAGAGAGAGCUGAGCAGCAUGCCCGUCUGGCUGCAGAGAAGCCUGCCUUACAUCUGGUGGGCGCCUGGGGUCUAUAGGGGACGGUCGACCCGCUCCAGCCUGGGCGGGGGGGCGGGGGGCCCCCCACAAGUGUUCCCCCCGGGGGUCCCGAUGGGGGGGCUCGGGGGGUUUCUGGUGGUGCUCCCCCUCAAGCUCACUGUGCCCCGCUACCCACGCAAAUCCUUCAAAUUCUGCAAACGGCUGACAGUCAUGAGACCCCUGUUCAUCCGCCCUCCCCCCUGCACCCCCCCUGGGCUCGUACCCCUGGCCAAAGCCCCUCCGCAGACCUCCCAGGCGCGCCCCUUGAAGCUCAACCCGACCGUGACUCUGACCCGGAUUUCAGGGAAGGAGCUCCUGCAGAAACUCCAGCCCCCUUCAAAAAGCCCCUGCAGCAAAGAGAGGCUGCUGGCCGCUGGACCGAACAGCUCUCUGCAAAUGCAGCAGGCUAAGACCCUGGCCCCCUCCCCCUCACCUGCUCCCUUCAGGGAGCUGUGCCCCAUCUCCAAACUCCCUAUAUCCUGCCCUGUCUUUAGGCUGGAGCUCCAGAAAGUGAAUCGCCGCGGACCGCGAAAAGCCAGAAGCAAGCAGGUCUACUCCAGUCUCCACCCCAGAAAAGUGCAGCCCAUCCAGCCAGCUCCGCCCCCCUCAGCCCCUCCACCUCCUCCCUCACAUCUAGUGUUUGCCAUUCCUGCUGGGGGGCAGGUUCAGGUUUUAAGCCUGGGGGGGCCCCCUGGUAAUAAUAGCAACGCUAUGAACAGUAAUCGCAAUAGAGGCACGACCGCCAUGACAGCUAGCUUGAGUCAAGGGUUGGGAGGGGCUGGGGUAAGAGGAGGGCCCCCCAGUGUGGGCCCCGCGGGGCCCUGCAGCAUGCUCCAGCCAACCGCCGUCUUCAUCAACCCUGCCUCCUUCCCAGUGCUGGCCACGCCCUGUUCAGUGACCACACCCCCAGCCCCCAGCUCAUUGGCUACAGCCCUGGUCUACCCUGCCCCUACUGACCCAGCCCACCAGGGCGAUGUUUUAGGAGACAGCAAGCCCAAAACAGCUGACCUCCCUCUCCCUGCGGCAUCCAAGGACCCCAGCCAGCUUGUACCCCCUUCUAAGAGAUCCACAGGUUCAUCCCAAAACUUUGAAUUUUGCCCAGUAGCUACUGGAAAGGAACACCCAGACUCCAGUUUACCCUCUCCAAAUACCAGCCCAAAUAGUGACCCAAAGGCACCUGCUCCCCCACAUCCUGACAAAUUUAUUCCCGAGUCCAGACCUGACUUCCUCAUCGGGGAGUUCAAGACCAGCCCUGCCAGCUGUCCGGAGGGGGUGGAGCCUGCAGCUCCGGCCUCCAGCCCCUACGCCUGCCUCCUGCAAGAGGUGAAGCAGAGCCCUGCAGGGAGCCUGCCCCUCCCAGCAGAAGAGAUUCACAACGACAUGAACAUCAGCGAUGGCAGCGGCAAACGCAUUGUGAAAGACAUUCCUAGCGCCCCCAGCCCCGCCCGCAGCCCCAAUUCUCCAUUGAGCCCAGAGUGGUACCCCCUGGUCCCUGGCCACCCUCCCACCACUGACGAGCCCUAUUUCGUCCCCGAAGAACCCCCUUUUGGUGAGAGCGAUGGAGAGGGAGAGAAGCUGGAUUGUGGGGGUGGCGGGGAGGAGGAGGAGGAGGAGGAGGAGGGAGGCUGGGACACGGGCAGUGAUUUUGGGGAGCCCAUGCUGGCCCUGUCAGAGUCGACGGGGAGCCCCGCGAGCAGCCUGGACGGCCAGGCGGACGCCCUCGAGAGGCUGAUGGAAGCGGGGACCCCUUUGAAAGGAGAGGGAGGGGAAACGAUGGAAGAGGAGGAGGAGGGAGGAGGAGUAAAAGACGCGGCUACCCCUGAAAGAACGGCACACGUUUCUCUGGACACCCCCAGCACUGAAAUAGCCUCCCCACCCCCAAGCCCUGGCAAUCAGCAGCAGGGGGGUGGAAUACCCCCAGCGGUGUGGAACAGGGAGGUAGAGACGCUGUGUUUAGGGGAGCGCGGAGAGGGGAGGACAGAGAGAGACGUCGGGGUGGGGGGGCACAGUUUGAGCGCCGACAACCCCCUUCCUGACCAACAAGGAGUGCAGAACUCAGGGGGGUCACAAGAGGAGCAGGGGGGGGGUACGGUUGAGGAGGAGGGCGAGGGGGGGGAGGAGGAGGAGGGAGGUACCCAAGAUGAAGAGGAGGAAGAUGGCGAGGAGGAGGACGAUGAGAGGGAGGAAGAGGACUUCGAUGACCUCACCCAGGACGAGGACGAGGAGGAAGUGAUGUCGUCAGCCUCGGAGGAGUCUGUGCUGUCCGUCCCCGAGCUGCAGGAGACGAUGGAGAAGCUCACCUGGCUGGCCUCGGAGCGCAGGGAAGCGAACUCUGAGGAGGAGAACUCCCCCAAUUCCCAGGAGGAGAAUUCUGAGGAAGAAGAAGAGGGGCCUCAGAAGGGGGAAGAGGAGUCCGGUGAGGGAGGGGUCCCUGGGGAGGCAGGAGGGGAGACCCCCAGAAGGAGCGGGACCCCAGAGACCAGCAGCAAGGGAGCAGGGAGGAGGAGAGGGGAGGCAGGGCGGGGGGCUCGCCGGGGCAAGGCUCCCUAUAGGUCACGGCGGAAAAGGAGCCGGGUUCAAGCCAGCAAGGACGCUUCCAAACUUCUGCUGCUCUGCGAUGAGGACAUCUUGGAGAAGGACCCGCUGAGAGAGCAGAAGGAUAUCGCCUUUGCACAGGCAUACCUCAACUCGGUGCGCGUGGCCCUGCAGGACUCCCCGGGGAAGGUGGAGCAGUUCCUGCGCUUGCUGUUUGAGUUUGAGACGAGCGCGGAGCCGCGCACCGCGGUCGACCUGUACCUGCAGCUCAGCGAGGUGCUGGGGGGCUGGCCGGACCUCCUCAGAGACUUCGCUGCCUUCUUGCUGCCUGAGCAGGCCUUACAGUGUGGACUGUUUGAGGAGCAGCAGGCGUUCGAGCGCAGCAGGAAGUUCCUUCGGCAGCUGGAGAUCUGUUUCGGGGAGAACCCCUCUCACUACCAGAAGAUCGUGCGCAUGCUGCAGGGGGGCCCGGAGCUGCCCCAGGCAGACAUCGAAGAGUUAAAGGUUCAGAUGUGGACGCUCCUGAAAGGUCAUCACCACCUGCAGACUGAGUUCUCCUCCUUCUUCGAGCAGCUGCGGCCCCCCCCCUCGCGCCCCUCUCACUUUGAGGAGGUCGUCUGGACGGAGGAACGCGAGCGUGACCUACAGCAGUUCGACGGCUUCGAGGAGGUGACCCUGCCGGACCUGGAGGAGGAGGAGGAGCCUGCCCCCCCCAAGCUCCCCGGCACAGGUGCCCGGAGCCGCAGGAGGAAGGAGCUAGGGGCCCCCGGGGGCCACGACAAGGAGUGGGAGUGCACAGAGGGGGGGAAGGACUGCCCCUGCUCCUGCCACAAGACCAGCCACGAGAGCAAACUGCGCCGGCACAAGAGGAAGAGCUGCCCACGCUGCCACGGGAGCAAGCAUGGUGGAGACGCCUCCAAGGGGCCGAAGAGCAAGGAGACCCUCGAGCUCGGCGCGGGCAGCCCCCUCAAAGAGGACAAAAAAGAAGAGGAGGAGGAAGAGGAGGGAGAGGAGAAGGGGAGGCAGGCUGGAGGCAGUGAUCCGCACACACCUGUCUCAGAUUCCUGCAGCUCUCAAGACCCCUCGGGGAUGGAGGUGCAGGUUUGGGGGUCCCCAGACUUGGGGGUCACUCUGCCUCGGAAAGAGGAGGAGGGGGAGGAAGAGAGAGAGGAGGAACAACGAGAGGAUGAGAAGAGAGAGGAGGAACGAGAGGAGGAACGAGACCCGAGCAGAGAGACAGAAUCCGCACAGCCGUCCCCUCACGCCAUCAGCCAAUCAGCAACAACCGCGGCGCUGACCUCGCUGGACCCCGCUGCUACCGUCGCCACGGAAACGGAGCGCAGGGCCGCACAGCCGGAGGGAGUCUGGGAAGGUGGUGGCAGUGUUUGUUCCAGCCCCUCCCUCCUCCUCCUCCUGCCCCACACCGACUUCACCCCAACAUCUCCCGGAUGCAAACCCCAGGGCUGCAGCGCCUCUCCGGGCAGGCAGGGGACCCGGGACUCUCCAGGGGUACAGCAGGGCACCCCUUCACCCCCCUGCGGCAGUGCUGACUCCACCGUGUGCGCCAAAAACAUCUCUGUGAGCGCCACUGGGGAGAAGGUGAUCCUGUGGACCAGGGAAGCGGACCGGGUGAUCCUGACUGCCUGUCAGCGGCAGGGAGCCAAUCGGAGCACCUUCCAGGCUAUCUCCGGGCAGCUCGGCAACAAGACGCCCAACGAGGUGUCUGCUCGUUUUCGAGAGCUGAUGCUUCUCUUCCACACCGGGACUCGGCACCACAGCUCUGAGGAAGAGGAGGAGGGGGAGGAGGGCGUCAGCGUCUCAGAACCGCUGACUGACGAGGAGCUGGACUGAAGCACAGAGCCAGACCUGACCCAGAGGUGAACCAGCAACUCGGAACAGUUACUGGACUGAUACACUGUGGUACUGCCUGUGGCUCUGUGACCCACAGCAUUGCCGACAGCUAGAGUUAAAGAACUUGGCUGAAACGCAGAGCUGGUGGCAAACUGGACCGGUACCAGACCAGACCGCUCCGCUGCCGACAAGGAAUUGAAUAAACUAACAGUACCGACCCAAAAGGACAAGCAGAACCCGAGUGUCCGGGUCACCUUGACUGUGGACGCUACGCAGCCUUCAUGCCAGUGUGAGCGAGGACAGGCUGGGAUUAGUUUUGCUUGCUGUGCUUUGAAGGGAAAUGAGAAGAGGAGUGGACACCCGAAUGAUGUUAACAGCAUUGAUUCUGGAAGGGACCCUUUUUUUUUUAUAGCUUAUUUAGAUCCAUGAUUCUUUUUGGUGUGCAAAAAUACAGAUUGCUUUUGGAAGACUGCUGAGGAAUGUAAGUUUGUAAAUAGCAGUGAGAAAACGAAAUGUACAGUUUUAAAAGUGUUUCAUGUACCCACGUGUCACGUCUUCUGUUCUCCUUUGACUUUUAUAUAAAAAAAAAAAAAUGUAUUUUUUUUUUUAGUUAAGAUGGAGAUGUUGGUUCAGAUGUUGUAUUUGAAAUAAUGAUGUUGUGUUUUGAAGUGUGCGGGGCUCCCUCUAGUGGAGAGUGUAUUUCUCACACCCUCUUUCUCCACCCACUCAUGCAGCGUAAAAGAAAGUAGACUCUCGCCUUGAUCAGGGGGGAGCCGUCACACUCUUAAAAUGUAUGGCAAGUCAUUAAAGCUGGUUGACAUACUUUGAUCUGCUGUGGUUUGAACA